UAGCUGAUGUUUGGUUUGUGUUUAUUGGAAAACAUGAGGGAAAAGAAGACCAAAAAAUGAAUAGAAAUAUUUUGUUUUAGCUCCUGACUGUGUUUAUUCACCUGUAGCAUAUUUAGUGUUUUUAUACACGGUCUAAAUGGGUGCAUUUUACUGUGCUAUAUGUAGACAAACGACAUUUAAUGGAAAGGGACACAUCUUCGGAAAAAACCACCAAAGCAGACUGAGAGUGGUUCUUCUUAAAUUCUUAGAAAAGGUGAAGGAAGCUCGGCGCACACUUAAAAAACCCCAAGUAGAAAAGUUUGAUUGCACCCAGCAUAAGCAGACAUUCUGGUGUUACUGCUGUGAGCUUGAAAUUGAAAGAAAUGUCACAGAUGGCAACAUGACUGUGCUGUACGGAGGCUUAAUCGAACACAUGGCCACCUCAGAACACAGGAAAAAUACUCACAAGUUCUGGUGGGAGAAUAAAGCUGACCCUAAGUUUAGAGACAAGGUCAUCUUCACGGAGGAGGAAACUGAAAGGUUCAAAGCUGAGGUGGCAAAGGCUUUGGAAUCAUUUGUGGAGAAAGAAGAUGAAUUCAUAAAGCAGCAAGCUGACCACAUUCGGGCCCAGGAGAAGCAUCGUCAAGAGGUCCUUCAGUCUCUUUUAGAGCGUGACGCAGAGCCGGACUUGUUCAAUGGACUCAACGGCACAGACAUGUCUGCUGAGGAUGCUGUCAGCUCUCAGUUUACGUCUCAGGGGUCAGACCAGCAGGCGGGGAGCAGCUAUGUCGAGUCAAUGGUCGAAGCAUCGUGGGCUGACACAGGACAAGGCCUGACUUUCAUUGGCUAUCAGGAUUCAUCAAACAGUGGAAAUGUUCAUACAGGUGCCGUCCCUCCUUGGCUCCAGGACGAUCCUCUGGAAGGGACCUCCGGAGCUACAGCGCAUCCGGAGAUCGGUCCAUCGCUCCAAGAGUUCCUCAAGCAGAAGGAGCAAGAGAAGCUGAGGAAGCUUCCACCGAACAGAGUGGGCGCCAACUUUGAUCACAGCUCACAUACAGACGCCAACUGGCUUCCCUCCUUCGGUAGAGUGUGGAACAGUGGCCGACGCUGGCAGUCCAGGCAUCAGUUCCGACAAGAGGAAGGGCAGAAGAGCAGACAGAAGAGGAGGAGAGAGCACUGCACAGACGGGUCAAAGAAAACAAAAACGACUGAACGGAUGACAAAUUCUGACAACACUUAAAACUGAAUGUAGUCAUGAGUGAAGGAGUGUAUAUAGUUUGCAAGAUGUGAAUGAGGUUUUAUGUCGUUUCUGAUGACUUGUACUUUGUUGACAAGCUGACGAGAUGCUUUACUGUUGUACUAAACAGUGUUGUGUAUGUGUUUAUGGGAAAUUAUAGACAGCCUUCUUUUAUUUUGGAGGUCUGCAGUAUUAACAUUAACAUUAAGGCAGUGCCAGUUUCAAGUAUGUAUGUUAGGAGGUUAUCGUUGAUAACUGUAUUUUAUAUAAAAACUGCAUGCUCCUGCCUCACAACACUAUUUCAAAAAUAACAUCAACUUAAAUGUGUACACUCACUCAACAAAGCCUUGCUCCACACUGAAAAAUUUAGGUCAAAUUGGGUUUUGCCACUCAAUUCGUCACUGACCUGCUCCAUUUAAUCAACUGGACUUAACAAUCAGUGACUUAACCCUUAUGUGGGCAGGCACAUUUAGAUUUGUAAAUUAGUUCACUGCUAUAUUCUAAUUUAUCUAGGCUAAAAUAACAGGAUUUCAUGAUUUUUUUCCCCAAAAUAUGACCUUUAGUUUCCAAAUUACAAAUUGUUUCUCCCGAGAUUGCCCGAUUAGGGUAUAAAUUUGGCACUUUCCUCUUUCUAAAAUUUUUUAUUAACAAAUAUUUUGCUACUUUAUUUUAUGUUCUGCAUACUUUUUUUUAAAAAAGCGGAACAAUGAUUAUUUACAUACGGCAUGGUUUGAUUGCUUGACAUAGUCUUUGAAUA